CCUAAAAAUGGCUCUCCGGUCGGCGGGUGACUGGGUGAGGGAGUGACAGAAGGAGGAGAAGAUUUCGGUCGGGUUCUCUCUCUCUCUCUCUUGGCGUCUCCACCGCAGCGCUCACGCUCCCAACACCGGACCCCUCGUCUCCCUCGCCGAUGGAGCCCUCUCCCCCGCCGCCGCCGCCUCAAAUUGCCCACCUCCUCUCGCAAUUUCCCGUCAUCCCCAAACCCGACCCCGACGGCCCAAUCCCAUCCCAAACCCCCAUCCCCGUCGCAGCGCCGCCGCCGCUGACGCUCGCGCUCACCCCUGAGCUCUGCGACGCCCUCCACCAGGAGCUUGCUCCCUCCCCUGACGACGAUGCCUACUUCGCCAACUGCCUUCGCCGAUCCCAGCUCCACCUCCAAGCCCUCGCCGCCCGCCUCCGCUGCCCCUCGUUCCCCGCCGCCGCCCCUCCCCCACCUAUCCCACCCCCUCGGCAGGAGCUGCAGCAGAUGCCGCAAGAAGAGCCAGGCGCGGGCGGAUCCACCAAGAAGCGCGCGCGCAGUGUCACUGAGGUGGUGCGCGUCUCCAACCUCGGCCCGCCCGACCAACUCCACUACCGCGCCCUCGUUCGCCGCGCGCGCCUCACCUUCGAGGCGCUCCGCGGCGCCUACCAGCGCCAGGAGCCCUCCGCCGGCGCCCGCAACCGCGCCGACCUCCGCGCCUCCAGCCGGAUGCUCUCCGCUGGCCACUGGCUUCACCGCGAGGUCCGCAUCGUCGGCGACAUCCCCGGCGUCCUCAUCGGCGACGCCUUCUACUACCGCGCCGAGCUCUGCGUCGUCGGCCUCCACACCGCGCCGCAGGCCGGCAUCGGCUACAUCCCCGCCAGCCUCGUCGACGAGGGCCACCCCGUCGCCACCAGCAUCGUCUCCUCUGGAGGAUACCUCGACGACGAGGACACCGGCGACGUCCUCGUCUACACCGGCAGCGGCGGCCGCCAGCGCAACCGAGUCGACCACCAUGCCGACCAGACGCUCGAGCGCGGCAACCUCGCGCUCCACAACAGCUACCUCUACGGCGUCGAGGUGCGCGUCAUCCGCGGCCACAUCUGCGAAUUGGGCCCCAGCACCCACCGCAAGGUCUACGUCUACGACGGCCUCUACAGGGUCGUCAGCUCCACCUUCGGCCCCGGCAAGUCCGGCCACGACGUCUGCAAGUUCAAGCUCGUGCGCCUCCCGGGCCAGGACGAGCUUGGCAGCAAGAGCUGGCACACCGCCAAGCAGCUCAAGGACGCCAUGGACGCCAGAAUCCGCCCGCCCAGGUACAUCUCGCUCGACCUCUCCAAGGGGACGGAGGUCCUUCGCUUCCCCGUCUGCAACAAGCUGGAUGACGACAGGUCUCCCCUGCAAUUUGAGUACACCGUCCGCCCCGAGUUUCCGGUGCCCCCAGCGCCCGGGCCGGGCAAGCGGCAGAGGGGCUGCCAUUGCGCAAUGGACUGUGUCUCCAAGUGCAGAUGCGAGAGGAAGAACGCCGGAGGACCGGUGUACAAUGAGGAUGGCACUCUGGUGCUGGGAAGGCCGGUGGUGUACGAAUGCGGUGCUCUGUGUGGGUGCCCCAUGACCUGCGUGAACCGGGUGACACAGCGAGGGAUGAAGCACCGGCUGGAGGUGUUCCGCUCCCCUGAGACAGGCUGGGGUGUCAGGGCGCUGGACUUGAUACCGCCGGGUGCCUUCGUGUGCGAGUUCAGUGGGGAUGUGGUCGUCAUGGACGAUCAUUCAGGCAAAGCAUUGAUGGAGGAUCGCUGCAUCAUCGACCCGAAGCGCUUUCCAGAGCGAUGGAGGGAAUGGGGAGAUGCCUCAGCCGUCGACCCAAGCAAGAGGGUACCCCAGUUCGCGGAGUUUGGAGGACCAGGUUACGUUCUGGACGUGUCCCAUAAGAGGAACGUGGCCUGCUACAUUAGCCACAGCUGCACUCCCAAUGUGUUUCUUCAGUUUGUAGUCCGUGGCAACGAGGAUGAACGCUGCCCUCACCUGAUGGUUUUUGCCAUGGAGACAAUCCCACCGAUGCGAGAGCUGAGCAUCGAUUAUGGAAUCUGAUGGAUCGUAGCCGAGUGCAAGAUGAUGCUAGCUAGCUGUGGAGCGCAAUGUACCGAAGGCUUACUGGUUUUUUUUGGAGGAUAGGCUAUGUGAGGAAUUUUUUGGGUAGCCAUACAUUGGUUUAGUUUUGCCAUAGGUUGCACCCUCUAGUUUGUUAAAUUCUAGAACUGAGGGUAUUUCUAGCUGCUCACAUUUCACCAAACCUUGGAUUAGUUGCUGCCGAUACUGCUGGUGCGGUUAGAGGGCUGGCUCACGGGGCAGUUACAGGUAUGCUAGAUCCCUUUUACUAGUGUAGUACUGAUGUGGUAAAUGGUUGGCACAAAGGGACCCAACUGUGUUAUGUGGAUGUGUUGUGAAUUGUGAAUCCACCCUGUAUAACAUGAAUGAACUUGGGCUUUGUCUUAUGUCC